AUGUCUAAAACCCCAGCUGGACAUCGAAUGCCCACCGAGUUGCUUCUCGAAGUCGCCAAGUGGAUGGACGAUCGAACGCUGAGCCGGCUUUCCUGCACCUGCAAAGGCUUUAGGGAUGAAUUCAGGGACCAGCUACGUGAAAGAGCCAUAGCGUAUGCCAUGCCCACGCUCGACCCGCAAUCUUGGGUGGAUAUGAUUGUCCCCGCCAUCCGGAAAUUGCACAACCCGGGCGACGAUAUCACGGCCAUCGUCUGCUCCUUCUUCUCCGACAUCAUCAGUGACCAGCUCUCGGAGGACUUGGAGGAUGAGCUCGAGGCCUUCAUGCCGCGCCAGCCCCUCUACGAUGCCAUCUGCCACAGCCAAUACGACACCGUCGAGCGGCUGCUGCGCGUCGGCGGCGUGGACGUCGCCAAUGGCCGGAACUACUAUAACGAGCCGAUGCUGCACAUCGCCGUGGAGCUCGGGCACGUAGAGGCCGUCCGCUUGCUCCUGGAGCACGGGGCAGACCCCAACGUCGAAGAUGAUGAGCAGGUCCGUCGUGCCCUGGACAUAAAACCGCCGCGGCAGCCACGCGCGGCGAUCUACCGCCUGCUCCUCGACUCGGGCGCCAUUCCCAACUCCCUGCUCUGUUUUGGGAUACAUGUCUUGGACCUCAAGGGCGGGGCGUGCCUCCUGCUCGACGCGUUCGAGAGCGCAGGCGGCACCGGCCUCGACGAGCCCGGAUGGUGGGAGAUUUUCUCCAGCGCUAUAACCGGCAAGUACCGGAACUUCCUGGAGGAAAUCUUGGAUCUUCGACCCGACCUCGUGCAGCUCUCAAGCGAGGACCCCGUCGAGCAAAAGGUCACGCUGUUCGAUGAAGCGGUCAAGAUCGCCCGGUUUCAGAUCGCCGCGCUUCUCGUGCGAAAGGGGGCCCCCCUGCAGGACGCACCCCCGGAUUAUUAUUUCUGCGACGACAAGAUGAGACGCAUCCAUGUUCCGUAUAGGGAGGUGUGGAAGGCGUUGUUUACCCGGGCUCCGGAGGAGCUGCUGGACGCUCUGCUCGAGCGGCCGGAGCUGCGCGAUUACGAAUUCAAGGACGCCAUUCGUGAGAGAGCGAGUGUGAUGCAUACAUAA